GGAUUAUGCAGCGCCAGCACCAGCACUCUGCAUUGCCUGUCAAGGGAGACUCCGAAAACUUGAAGCCAUACAGAAUGAAGCUAUGUGAAUAACCCUCGGGUGUCAGAAGAAUCCUAGAAUAGAUAUGAUGAGAGCAGGGACAAGAUUGCAAAGCACUGUGCAGAAAGUGAACGAGAUCAACGCAAUCGCGGCCACCAGGUUAAUGACUGGGAACCUCUUGUCUUCUCGAAAAUUGUCAAACAAGAGGAAGAAAAAUAUGGACUUCACAGAGGCCUAUGAUGAUACAAGCUCCUCUGUUGGUCUAGCUGCCCGUCUUGGUGAUACUCAACUGCUUCAAGAACUCCUGAAAAAAGGUUAUGCAGCUAAUGGACAUGACAACCGAGGCUGGCAACCUCUUCAUGAAGCUGCAUAUAAUGGGCAUGCUGAAUGUGUUUCCCUUCUGACAGGAUCAGAAAAUGUUGAAGUAGAUGCUCUGACACAUGAAGGAACAACACCAUUACAGCUGGCAUGCUGCCAAGGAACACGUCAUACAGUGGUUGUUAAACUUCUAAUCAAAGCUGGAGCAGAUCCCAACAUGAUGAAGGGUGAUGAUUGGGUGUUACCACUGCCCAAAGCUAUAACCAGUAAAAAUAUUGAUAUCGUGAAGGAACUUCUAGAUGCUGGCGCUAAUGUUAAUCGUGAAGAUCAUCACUCAGGGCUGCCUCUUCAUGUUGCCACUGAUCAGGUACAGAGUGAUAGCUUAUUCUGCUGCCCUCCACAAAAUGCGAUGUUGAGCUAUCUGGCUCCUGAGUCACCACCGGACUCUGAGGUCGAAGAGGACUCUUAUGUUGAAGAGGUUAAUGCAGAGGAAGAGGAUAGUACCAGUAAUGAGAAUGAACGGGAAAGUGAUGAUGGGUCUGAGGGGAACAGUGAUGACACAGAGAUGAAAAGCCUGAAAGAUGAGAGUAUGGAACAUGGACAAGACCUAGAAGACAGUUACUGUAAUGAUGAAAAAGAGACAGGUAAUGAUGGUCAUGCCACUGUGGAAGAGGAGUCCAGUGGUGGCAAGAAAGAGCCUUGUGAGGCUACUGGUAAGAACAGCUUUCAGUCUUAAUAACCAGAAAUGAAAGUAUACUGAGAUUAU